GACGCUGGACGGCUGCCUGAAGACAAUAUGCAAGAGGUGGUCAGGCUUGCGGUUCGGCAGAGAUUCCAGGAAGCCGAAAGGCUUUUGUCUGCUUUGCCGGGAGGCAAGACAUCGAAGGCCAUGUUUCACAAGCUGAUCCACUCCUGUGCGAACAACACUGACGCAGCAGCGUGGUUCUUAAGGAAAAUGCGGCAAGCGGGCUAUAUGGCCAACUGCGUGUCGUACAAUUGUAUGCUGACAUGCUGCAUCAAAGCAGACGAUAUGCCCCAAGCACAGCGCUGGUGGGACGACAUGAUCGCCCAGGGCAUCAAACCAAGCAGGGUUUCCUACAACACCAUGAUUUCGGCCUUCUCGCGGCGCUUAAACGUCCAAACUGCCGAGCAAUGGAUGCUUCGGAUGAUACAGGAUGGCCAUGCUCCAUGCAACAUUUCGUAUUAUUUUUUGUUCGAUGGCUUCGCCAAGGUGAUCGAC